GACAUGAUGUAUGAAUAAUUAGAUGAAUAAUAAUAAGAAAUAUUUAGAAAAAUAUUGAUUAUUAUCUCUCAACCUCUUGUGAAUUGCUUGGCAAACCAACAAAAUGAACCUUCCCAAUGUGCUUGAUUGGAUUUUGAGUUGAUACUGCAAUUCACUAUAGCUCUCGCCUGUUGCCAAAUACCUUACAGUGGCUGCUAGUUGAAUAUUUGCAGGUACAGAAUCAAGCAUAUUUGUGCCGUAUUUUUAAAUGUCCGCCUAAAUUAGCUCCAACAACUCUUCAAAAUUUUCUUGCGAUGACCUUAUUGAUUCAUGAUGAGAUGCCAGUAUGUUGCACAUGGUCUUGGUGAAUGUGCAACAGGCCUCUGCCACUUGCUUUUGCAAAUCUGAUGAGAAGUCAUUUCUGUAACAGACGUUGACCUGGUAGAGAAAAGUUGGAUAUCAACCUUUUUCUGCAUGUGGUUGUUAUUUUUCUCUAAUUUAUGCUGCUGGUAGAAGCUACUCGCCAGGCUGUUAGAUAUGAGAGCAGUCAAUUUGCAGUUCUGCUCUUGGUGUGUCUCACCAUUAUGCUGGCUGGGGGAGUUUGUUUUUUCAGCCCUUUUUUGAGAGGGUCGGAGGACGGUUGUCUUGUAACCAGAGAGGCCGUGCCUUGAUGUUCUCGGGUGUGCGUUGGCCACAUUCGAUGGGUUAAUCAUCUCUGGUGGUUUCAAGCACCAUGUCGAGAAGUUCUUUUUUGUUAUCUGUGCAAGCAUAGUUAUAAUAGUGUUGUGAGAUAUGUUGCGUGAUAUUACUCUAUAUAUACUACUAUAUAUACAGAAAUAUAUACACACAUAUGAAUAUUUGUAUAGAGGUUUCACCAUUUGAAAGAUGUGUAUACAAAACUUUUUGUUCUCAAUUAUUUUUUUGGACAACCAAACCUGUGUAGUUGUGCCCAUACCCUAAAGGUGGGUGGUGCGAUGUUUCAUAGGUUGUACGAUGUACCAAUGUAAUAGAUAUUUAGAUACAGAUAUAUAUUUCUAUGUGUACAUUACGUUUGCUUUAUAUGUACAUGCAUAUAUGUGCACUGACAGGUGCAUGCUUUGCGGAUUCUGUUAUAUACUGAUAUGAGUAUGAUUUUUGGCUAUGUAUUUAGCAAGUAUCAUAUGAAAUACUGGUAUAGAGUGCAACACAAUGUGAGGAAAACGAACAUUAUAGUUGUAGAUAAUUUGUAAGUUGUAAUGUAGAAAUAACGCAAUCCAUAUUCUGAGGAGAAAAUCCAUGCACCUAGGAGAAGGAAAAAUCAGUAUUAACAAAAUCGCGUGCGAUUAAACACAAUACUGGCGAAAAAAUAAGCUUGAACCGUAUCAGCUAAUCAGGGCCCUGUAUUUGCCAUGAAAUUUAUGGUCAGAAAAUUUGCAUGUUGACAGGCGCUAAUCCUCAUUACAGGCCCUAGUUCUGUUUGAUUCCUUUGACACACUGCAUGCAUAGAAAACUAAUUUAUUGCACAGGUGGGUUUUAGUACGGUUUACCGGUUUUUCUGUGCCCAAUGCCAAGGGGCAAAUUCACUCUUCGCUAAUCCUGCUCUAUAGUGGUGAAAAUCAUAUGGUAUUGUCCGAAAAUCGCUAUAAAUCCUUUUUUUCUGCUCUUAUUUGUUUUAACGUUCAUACCUAUUGUUAAUUUCAAUGCAAUAUCAAACCCUCUUUUCGUUUAGGUUCUACUCUUUACGCAAAGAUUUUCUUCUCCAUGGACGUCUCUGUGGAGAAAGUGCGAAUUAAGGAAGCAAGCUGGAGUCAGAAAAGGUGGCAAGAGCAAAAACUUGGCUUUAUAAAUUUGUGGAGAGCUGCGGUGAUAAAGCCCCAGAUGAAGAGAAAAUCUUUUUACAAUCUUGCUUCACCAAAAGAGACAUCUCUGAAAGCUAUGCUGCUCAAAUGUGUACUGGAGGAAUGGCUGAAGACGAACAAGUAAAAAAGUCUUGUUUCGCAACUGUAUGGGAGCAUCAUUUCAAGAAUGUUGUCAUUGCGCCAGUAGGCAGCAAACAAAACCCUAUAGGCAACUUUCUCUUUAAGUUUCCAUUUAUUGUUGUAUUUCAAUAUUUGAACAAUACAUGCAACCAGUCCAUGCCAACCUACAAGCAAACAUGGCUUUGUAGUGGCAAAGGUAUAGAAAGUAUAGAUUUUAGUCUCAUGAAUGAUUUGUUGUGCCAAACCGUAACAAAAAAAAUUAGUACCUAUGCCUUUAGUCCCAUCUGUUUGCUGCAAUGACUAUAAAAACAUUUUACUUAGCAUUAAUAAGAUAAUUAAACGGAUCAGCUUAGAAGAUCAGAAUUUUAUUUCUUUUAACAUGUUAUUUGUCUUUUUUAUUUUUGGUCUGCAUUUUUAGGUUAAUUAAUUCUCAAAAUGUGGCAUUUGUACACUCAUAAGGGAACUGAGCAAAGAGUGUAAAACAGUUAGUGUGAAAACCGAAUUGGAGCUUCACACAAUACCUUACAAAGGUAAGUCUUUUAAACUGCUUUUUCUCGAUACCAUAGUUUAGAUACGAUACCAUAGAUACCUCAAUAGUUUGAGCCCGAGGAGCAAAUUAUUCCUUUUUUUCAUUUGGUUGUAGCCAGGGGUGCCGUUAGUAAAGUUAGUAAGGGGGGGGGGUGAUGUAGCCAGCUAAAUGCUUUAUCUAUAGUCACACCCUUUAUAUUUGACUUGCGUUCAUGUUGAUUUUCUGUUGUGUACAUGGGGUCUAAAAGCUUAUAUAACGCUCAUUAAUGGAAAAGCAAUAGCAUAAUUAAGGGUAAGUUAACUUUGUCAAGUAAUGAGUUCGCCCAACAGGACAUAUAUUGUCUUGUAGAGAGUGGGGCUGAGUCGCCAAUAAACUCUCAGGAUUUUAACAAGGAGUGCUUAACCCCUGGCACCUUUGGCUAUAGCCCCUGAUUACACAAACACACUAACGAUUUUCAUCUUUUACAUAGAGUUUUGCGUUUUACAGCUAUUUUACAGUAGAUAAUACAUUUUACAAUUUUUUGCAUUCUUUUUUGUUGACAGAGCGGAAAAAAGAGUUUAUUAUCGGCACAGGGACAAAACGUGAUCACAGCCUGAUACUUACAUGAGCAUGAUCAUAGACGGCAUGGACCAGUCUAAAACCAACAUACCCCAUUACACGACACAGACAAAGGUACAUGGAUUAAUAGGAUAGAAUCCGUUUUGUGCAUUGACAGGGACAAAAGGCUCAUUUCUAUACAACACACAUAACAGGCGUUUAUUCGCACGGUCACCAAAUGUCAUAUCAAUAUGUGGAUUGUUUAGAGUGGUCGCACGACUCUGACCUGACACAAAACGUUCUUCUUCGAACACUGGUGUCAUUAUCAAAGGAUGGGUCUUUACCAAGCGUUCUCUAUCUCCAAAUGGAUCACUUUUGGCGGGAGAACAAAAACAUUUACGUUCUUUGCUUGUGCGCAUUGCUUGUCGAAAAGGCGAUAUUUCGAAAAAUUCGUUUGUCGUUCCUGAUGGUUGAUCAUACCCACAAGGACAUUGACGAGCUCUUCAGCCAUAUUGCUUCCAAGCUACAGAAGAACAAUGUGGUGACUUUGGCCAACUUGACGUCGCAUAUUCAAGGCGCCUACGACCUUCCACACCGAGUAGAGGUCUUUAAAUAUAUGUACGUGGUGAAGGAUUGGCUGAGCCCAAUACAGCUGCACAGUAGACCACAUGCCUUCAAAUUUGAGCUUUGCACCAAUGGAAAGGCCGGCAUGUGGUAUUGUCACUGGUCCUCACAGGGAGAUUGGAAGGGAGAUGAUGAGGGGAACCCCUUUUAUCUUCUUAAAGGAUUACCCUCCGGGAAACCUUUACUUUCUCGAGGACUUUCCUUGCAGCAAAGCAGCAAGGAGGUAAUUUCUAGUGGGGUACGAAGCUGCUCAGAAAGGUUCACCUUACAAGAAAGAGAAUGGUGGAACGGCUUUGUAGAAGAGGAAGAGAGGAAACGGCGCAUGUGGGAGUCAUUUACAGACCAAGAACUUAUACAUGGAGGUCAGCUGAACUGGUACCUUGACAGGCUCAAGAAGUUCCAACCCCCACAGAAAAAUACCAAGGAAGAGACAAAGGACGUGAGAGCAAAGAAACAAACUGUUGAAAAAGUUAUAUGCGAAGUCAACAACAUUGAAACAGGUUGCUCUCAAGAAAAAGAAGCAAUAAGAAGUUGGAAUUUAACUAUUACUAUUUGUGAUUAACAUGCCAUUUACGUUCCUUGAAGCAAGAAAGACUCAAAAUAAAUUUUAAUUUUACGAUAAAGUAACCCCCCACCCAUAACCAUUAACUGGUAAGCAGCAAGCAUAGAUUAAGAAAAAUGUUUCUUCUUUUAUGAAAUACCCAUCAUCCUUUUCGAAUUCGAGAAAUAUCGCCCCCUUUUCACAGCCUUAAUUGUUUUGAAAUAUUCUUAAUAUGAAACAUUCCUCAAUUGCUGGAAUACUGUUAAAAAGCAUCUCUUUUUUAAUGCUACGCUACUAUACCGCUGGUAUUCGCCCAACACCAUUUUAAAAAAAUAUGCUUUUAUAAAUGAAACAAUUUGAUAUUUCAAUAUUUGACCACGAAAUCGAUUUGCUUUUAAUUCCUUAGGUCAGAUACAGUUUUAUGUUAGUUUUUCCAUUAAAAACCUGAACUAGAAAUUUAUAUCCUCAAAAGUGUGUUAUAGAUUUAAACUCCUUCUUUUGAGAUUUAAAGUCUUUCUUUAGAAUUUUCUACCGAAUAUUUAUUGAUUAAAACAAACGUAAGAAUCGUGAACCAUUAAUGAUUGCCGAUUUUGUUCUAUUCAUGUGCUAGAUGAAUGUGUAGCCUCCCACCACUUUAUGAUUAUAAGUUGCGUUGUGAAGACCGUGUGAUGGUACUGGGUUCAAGUAUUUAAAUUCACAUAGGCUUUUCUAUCACAGUAUAUAAUAUGGCAGCUUUCCAGUACGCGACAUCAAUGUUGCUAACCAAAAACAAAAUUACUGCUCAAAAUACCUCAGUGCUUCAACAAAAACGAUAAGAGCACUGAUCUUAGCCUGUCAGUAACCAUAUAGAAUUCGCAGUUGGAAAGAAUGUCUGAACAUCCGCAAAUAAUGUGUGGGAAAACUUGGCAAGUGUGUGAUUCUAAGCAAAUUGCAUCACAUUACAUUGGAAUACUAUAUACUGGAGCUAUUUACAGUAAUAAGAUAAGAGGUUUUUCUUCUUAAACGAGUAAAUAUUCUUGAAAUCGUAUUCAAGGGAGUGUCCACAGCUCUUCGAACCGCUUUUCUAUAACUCAUUUUCAAAGCCACUCGGAAGUGUUUAGGAACACGUGGAAAGAGCAUGGAAUUUGGGGCCAAAUUAGUUGGUUCUCGCAUAUUAAAGAAAAUACAGAAAAGAUGGUACUUUUACUUGGUAAGUUUUCAAAAUAUAUUCUAGGGUUGAUUGUGCCUUACUCUACUACUUUGAUGGGUAAUCAUUUCUCAGAAGUAUUUGCAUUUGUUAUUUAGGUAAACACCUUCAAGUUAGCCUAUCAUGGAAGGCAAAAAUUUCAGUUGAAUUUAAAAACAUGUGUCUAACUGUAAAGUAGUCACCAACUUAGGCCUUCAAUGGGUUCUGGUAGGAUAAAGGGAGAAAAGUCAAGCGCACCUGCCAUCGACUAUUGCAGUAGGAAUACGAUCUGAAAGAGUAGGUUAAUUUUCCGGUUCGACAAACUGGCAUAAGAAUCAGCCCUUCUUAUGCCAGUAUGUCAAACAUAAUAAUCUUUUUACAUUUUUAAACGACUUGUGUUAAAUUUUUAGCGUGAAACCUGUCAUAUUCUGGCAAGUCACUGGCAAGGGGCAAUUCACUCUUGAAAAUUGCGUACGAUAUUUUCACAAAAGAAAGGAUUUAUAGCGAAGAGUGAAUUUGCCCCUCGGCAUCAUGCACAGAAGAACCGGUAAACUGUACUAAAACCCACCCGUGCAAUAAAUUAGCGAUGUAUCAAAGGAAUCAAACAGAAUUAGCGCCUGUCAACUUGCAAAUUCUCUGACCAUGAAUGCCCUGAUUGGCUGAAAUGAUUCAAGCUGAUUUUUUCGCCAGUAUUGUGUUUAAUCGCGAUCUUUCUUGUUAAUAAUGAUUUUUCCUUAUCCUCGGUGCAUGGAUUCUCUCCUCAGAAUAUGGAUCGCGUUAAAUGUGGUACGUUUCUCAGUGGUGGAUGAAUCGCAUGUGUCUUCUUUGUUUGAAACCUUGUCAAAAAAGGACAAGCACAGCUUGUCAAAACUGAGGCACAGAUGAUUCAAGAUAUAAUUUUGCUUGAAUCUUGCAAACCUCAAACUAUUUCUAGAUCUGUUUGGAGAAGGCCAAAAAACAUAAUUUGAAGGGACAGUAUUGUAGAAGAGACGUUUUCUGACAGUGAAUGGCUGCAAAACUUAAGAAUGAAAGAAAAGACGUUUGAUCUUAUUUGCAGCGAGAUGCUCCAUUUUCUGAAGAAAGAAGAUUAUUCUCGAUGAAUUUUGCAGUGCUAUGAAAACAUUUAUGCUGCCAAGGUACUUCAAACUUCCAACUCACCGAGAAUUGAAAAAGGUUGUGGAUCGAUUUCAGAAGAAGUGGGAUUUUCCACAAUGUCCAGGAGCUGUUGAUGGCUCACAUUCCCCAAUCAAGGCACCAACUGACUACCAUGCAGAUUAUUACAACCGUAAGGGCUGGUACAAAAUUAUUUUACAAGGGGUAAUGGACAGCAGCUAUAAAUUUAUUGAUUUUUAUGUUGGCUAGCCAGGUAAAGUUCAUGAUGCUUGUGUCUUUAGUAAUUCCUCUGUUUUUGAGAAAGGGCAAAACAACUCUCUAUUUGUUGGGGAAAUGCCAAAAAAUAUAAAAGAUGUUAAAGUGCCAUUAAAUAUAACAGCAGAUGCAGCCUACCCACUUUUACCCUGGGUCAUGAAGCCGGUUGCAGACAACGGAAAUCUCCUGGAUAUUUAUGACAUAGGGUGGAUUUCGUCAAUCUUCGGACGCUGAUUUCGAAAAUGAAUGUUAUACAGUCAAUUUUGGGGGCAUUCAGCCUCAUUUCGAUAAAUAAAGUCUAGUUUUUGUGCAAAAGGAAAAAGUGCGUUUAUGAAGUGUUGAAACUUACUGAAUGCUAUUUUUAUAGACAAACAUGUUUGAAAUAUCGUGUCUAGGCAUAAAAAACAUGUUUACAUCAUUUUGGUAACAGUCCCAUCCUUUCUUUGAUGCUGGGAUCCGUAAAAGUGUUUAUGCAAUAUGAGUUUGGAUUUUUCAUUGUCACUAAAAACAGAAAAUUUGUAUCUAGGUAUAAUAUUCCAGAAACAGAAUGAAAAUAUCUUCUUCCUUUGCAAAAAUAGUGCUUUCCAAAGGUUAGGUUUAAUAGGAAUCAAAGGUGAAAUGGUUCAUUAUUUGAUCCUUCGAUUAUGAUGUAGUAAGUAGUAGUCAUAGAGAUGGUAGUAAUCAUUCAAUUUGCUGAAUUAGUAAUGGCGACGGACAUGAGUGCGAGAGCUUCCACUGUACCUGCUGGAAGAAAACAUUGUUAUGCUGGUGGCCGGAACGCGAUGAGUUGUAGAAAUAGUCAGCAUAUGAAAGGAAUAUCUAUUCCUCAUUUUCCACAUAAUGUUAAAGAUUGUGUGCGACAUUUGCAAUGGGUACACUUCAUUCACCGCCACCAGCCUAUCUGAGAUUCAUUUUGACGAUGCCAGUUACACAAUGAGACAAGAUAUAGCAUUGUCACUUGAAAUGAAAGUUCAUUUAAAACCAGAUGCUGUUCCAUCGAUUGAUGCGAAUGUUAGGAAAGAACAAGACAGUUUGCCUCUCCAAGCUCGUGACAAAGGACAGAUAAAUAUUCCUUGAUAGGCUUACCAGUCUAAAUUAUUUUCAAGUUUUUCUUUCUGGUCACUUUGAUUAUUUUUCGUACCCUUGCACCAAAACCUAAUAAAAAUCAGGCUGAUCUUUGGUAUCUUUGAACAUAGAUUCUUCGCAACAUGAUUCGAGAGAAGAGAUAGGACAACCAAGUUGUUGAGAGAAACGUUAUGUCACAAUCACAUGAACCAAGUGACCACAAAAGUGCCCAGGAAGCGAUGCCAAGCAGAAGAAACACAACAAAAAAUUGUGAAAAAUGCGGUGUUCGUCAACGAAAAAUUCUUAAAUUC